AUGGUGGAACCCCGAGCCCGAUACUCCCCGCCAUGGGCGGAUAUGACUAUUAUUGGAAUUGCUGGCGGCUCAGGCUCGGGCAAAUCUUCGGUUGCAAUGGAAAUCAUCAAUUUGUUGAACUUGCCGUGGGUGGUGAUUCUCGUCAUGGACUCGUUUUAUAAAACUCUUACCCCCGAGCAAAAUGCAAUUGCGCAUGAAAAUGAGUAUGAUUUCGAUUCGCCGGACGCAAUCGAUUUUGACGUCCUCGUGGAUACGCUCCAUUCCCUCAAGAAGGGUCGGAAGGUAGAAAUACCUAUCUAUUCCUUCGAGAAACAUCAGCGGGAAGAGAAGACGAUCUCUCUAUACUCCCCGCAUGUUGUCAUCCUCGAAGGAAUACUGGCUUUUACGGACCCAAGAGUAGCAGACAUGAUGGAUAUUUUCGUGGAAGCUGAUAUGGACGUUUGCCUCGGGAGAAGAAUUCUGCGAGACGUCCGAGAUAGAGGACGGACGAUAGACGGCGUCAUCAAGCAAUGGUUCAAAUUUGUAAAGCCAUCGUACACAAGAUUUGUGGAACCUCAACGCCACAUAUCCGACAUAAUAAUUCCCCGAGGCAUCGAAAACAGAACUGCCAUAGAUAUGGUGGUUAAGCACAUCCAGCGAAUCCUUCGAGAGAAAUCUGAAGCCCAUUAUCUUGAGCUACAAAGGCUGGGCCAGCAAGUUGAAGAGAAACCCCUAUCCGCGAAUGUUAUCGUCAUGGAGCAGACCCCCCAGUUGGUGGGUAUAAACACCAUUUUACAAAAUCCUCAUACAGAGCAGGUUGAUUUUGUGUUCUACUUUGACCGGCUAGCAUGCCUCAUGAUAGAACGCGCGCUGGAUACCAUCCCAUUCGUCCCCGCCACGGUGACCACACCUGAGCAAUAUAUCUAUCAUGGCCUGCGACCUGCAGGUACAGUAUCCGCCGUUGCUAUCCUUCGCGGUGGUUCUUGUCUGGAAACGGGCCUGAAACGAACGAUUCCAGACUGUAUUACUGGCCGGGUUCUCAUUCAAACAAAUUACCGGACAGGGGAGCCUGAACUGCAUUUUCUGAAACUACCCCGGAAUAUCAAUGAGCACGCCUCUGUCAUAUUGCUUGAUCCACAAAUGUCAAGUGGUGGAGCUGCAUUGAUGGCGGUGCGAGUCCUCGUCGACCAUGGGGUAGAUGAAGGGCGUAUCGUGUUUGUAACCUUCGCCGCAGGGAAACGCGGUUUGCAGAGAUUAACCGCCGUCUAUCCCGACGUCAAAGUUGUGGUGGGUCGGAUAGAAGACGAAGGGGAAUCGAGAUGGAUUGAGAAGCGUUAUUUCGGGUGUUAG